AUGGAAGAAAAGAUCUCUGGAAUGUCAAUAAACAGUAGGGAUGAAUGCAGAAGAGUUGUUGAAAUCAAAGAGCUGAACGAGAGCUUUAAUGGAAGAACCGUUACUGUGAGAGGAUUUGUACUCAAGUGCUCAUGUACUGGAAAGUACGUUUUUGUUGUUCUUAGAGAUGAUGGAUGUACUCUUCAAUGCAUGGCUGAAAAACCAGCAGAAGGAGCAGAUGAAAAGUUGCUUAAUGAGUUUAAGAGCCUGAAAAAGGUAACUCAUGAGUCUUAUGUCGAGAUUGGAGGAGUUAUUGUCAAACAGGAAGUGGAGAUAUCUGGAUGUAGUAAGAAGAAUAUUGAGCUUCGUAUUGUUAGUGUAUGUGUUCUUAGUGCAGCAGACAAAAGCUUACCGUUCAGUAUGAAGGAUGUGCAAGCAACGAUUGAAGAGCGAGAAAGGAAUCCAGCACUGCCUACUGUUGCAUAUCAUAUACGACUGGACAACAGGGCAAUGGAUCUCAGAGUAAUGCAAACAAGGGCAGUAUUCCGUGUGAUUGAUGGGAUUAUGUUUUUUUUCAGGAUGCACCUGCGCAAGAAUGGAUUUAUUGAGAUCAAGACACCAAAACUGAUAGAGAGCUCUAGUGAGGGUGGAGCCAAUCUGUUCAAUGUUGAUUACUUCAAAAGAAAGGCAUACAUGGCGCAGAGCCCACAGUUGUACAAACAGAUGGCAAUUAUUGGGGGAAUGAAGAAGGUUUAUGAGAUAGGACAUGUUUACAGGGCGGAGGAGUCUAAUAUCAACAGGUAUCUGAGCGAGUUUGUAGGACUUGAUAUGGAGAUGGAGAUAUCUACCGAUUACAAUGAUGUGAUUAAGCUGAUAUAUUCAAUGUUUGUUGAGAUAUUUGAUGGACUGAGAAGUGAUUAUGGAGAUGAACUCGAGACUAUUAGAAUGUUCCAUGAAUAUGAAGACAUUAAGUAUGGGCGAGAGCCUGUAGUGCUUACUCAUAAGGAAUGCACUGAUCUUUUGGUGGCCGAAGGAGUGGAUAUUAAGUAUGGAGAAGACUUCAACAAUGAGAAUGAAAAGAGGCUUGGAGGAAUAAUCAAGAGAUUACACGGAGUGGAUAUUUUUGUGAUAAAGGAUUAUCCGGUGCCCAUAAGGCCUUUCUAUACGUAUCGUAACAAAGAGGAAGGAACGACAAGAUCAUAUGAUUUUAUUCUGCGUGGCGAGGAGAUUCUUUCAGGUGCACAGAGAGUUGAUUGCUAUAAUGAUCUGCUUGGAUAUGUCAAAGAGCAUGGGAUUGCGCCUGAGUCACUUGGUGGGUAUCUUGAGUCAUUCAAGUACGGAGCACCACCGCAUGGAGGAUGUGGGAUUGGACUGGAAAGGCUUGCAAAAGCAUAUUUUGGAAUGACGGAUAUAAGAUGUUUUUCUCUGUUUCCUAGGGAUCCUAACAGACUUUAUCCUUGA